AUGGACGAUGCUGGUAAUGAAAGCGGCAAUGCAUCAUCAAGAGGUGAUGAUUUGAACGUGAAUGAAAGUGAUGAUCAUGAGUACAUACGUCGUAUGAUUGAAUCGAUGGUUGAUGCAGAACGUGAUUUGGAUGUUCUGUUCUUCAAUGAUGGAUCAGAUCGCAGAGAGGAUGAGGAUAAGACCGAAGUUGAUGAGGACGAGGAUGAUCUGAAUGCACAGGAGGAGAUCGAUUGGAGACGACGCACUGAUCAUUUGGCUGAUAACAUCAGAGUUGGCAGUGCUGAUCUAAUACUCAGGUUUCUUGCAUACCUGCAUAUAAACUUUGAUUUGCUGUUUUUGAAAUUUAACGAAAAUGUCGAUUCAGAGACGUUGGACGUGAAACAGCCAUUCAAAGGGGUCUUCGCGCAGCGCUUGAGUGCUUCGUCAUCAUCAGCUCCACCAAUAAUACCACCAAACGCGUGUGUCUCUUCUCGAAAAAUGGUUCUCGAUGAACUGAAAUCCGGACGUUUUGCGAUCACUGCAACACCGUCUGCACACGUUUAUGACCCACCAUUACCACUUGGAAGACCACCAUACUCCUUACCUCGUGGAUACCUCUUUUGUGGUGCACGGUUUCGUGGUACGCAACGUUCUAGAAAUCAUCGUUUCGAUGUUGAAGUUGUAAUACAAGAUGUCGAUCUAAUUGAAGCACGACUCUAUGGUACGCUUCAUACCAAGGGUCUUACAGCCCAAUUACAAGAAUUGACAACAUUCUUUCACGGUGAAAUCAUCAGUGAGAAGCACUCGUUUGUUACGAAUAAAUGGGAUGCAGACGUUGAGGCCGACUUGAACCAUUGGCAUAAAUUUACGGGUUUUAAGGAAAAAUACGGGGAUACGAUUACAUCGAAACAGUUUGAUUAUUCGAAGUUGUUGGACGAUAAUGUUAUGUAUAUGCGUUGGAAGGAGCAUUACCUGGCAAGCGUAGACGAAAGCAAUAAUCGGGAUGUGACAGGUGCAUCGUUUGCGGGAUUUUAUUAUAUUGCGUUGGAUGAGUUGAAGGGUGAAAUCACUGGAUUUUAUUAUCACCGUCAGAGUGAAAUGUAUCAACUUCUCUCAUUGAAACACAUCGAGCAAAAUGUUUUUGAUGGAUGUGAAAUACGAUAA